AUGAGGUGCAACUCAGUUUUGCCUGGGGUUAUGUCCUGGGUUUUGAUAGCUGUGUUUGGCCAGACUGAAGGACACAGAGCUCAAACUCAAGACCAUGAGCACCGGCGCCUUGGCCCAGCUCACAUUCCAGAAGAGGCAGGCAUGGAGCUCAGGAAAAGGACUUCUGUUGUCCAUAUCAUCCUCGGAGAAUCAGAACAUGAACGCUGUGGGACUGCACUGAACGAGACUUGGACCAAACACUGGGACCAAGCGCAGCUCUCCAGUACUAAAGGUUGUUGGAUACGGAAAGAAAUGACAAACAGGUUCUUCCUUGCACUUCCUACUACACUUGGGGCCAUUGAAAUUUUCAUGCACUUUUCUCGGGGCCACAAUGAUACAACCAGAGACUUGAAAUAUGUGGCUGUGCAGGGAGGAAUUGUCUUAAGUGUGGAGGGGAUGAGAAGCCUUAACAGACUUCUCCAUAGCUCUAAAUACUGUGCUGCAGAUCAGAGUGUGAGCCUGAAGUUACUCUCAAACUGUCUGAAAUACGCAGGCAUUUUUGCAGAAAAUGCAGAGGAUUACGAAGGAAACGAUGUAUGUAAUACAAAGCCAAUCAUGCAGCUUCUUCAGGAAGCAAUGCCUAGUAACCCUUGGCAAGUAGUAAAAGGCUGCUGUGCAGAUAUGGUUAUAAUUUUAAAGGACUAA